UCGGCCUCCGCCUGCGACCCGAUCCUCACAAAGCAGGAGAGCGUGGGCCGGAGGAGGGGUGCGGGAACGGCCGAAGGGGCCGGGUGUGCCGCGGAGAUGGCCGUGUCGGAGCCGGGGGGCAGCGCCGCGGUGAUUUUUUGGCUGGUUCUAAAAAUCAAGGAUCUCAAUUCUUCUACCUCAUAAACACUAUUCCACUGUUUUUUGUUAUAGAAGAAAAGGGAUCAGUAACAUUCAAAGAUGUGACUAUGGCUUUUACCCAGAAGGAAUGGGAGCAACUAGAUCCUGUCCAGAGGAACCUGUAUAAGGAUGUGAUGCUGGAGAACUACAGCAACCUUGCCUCGAUGGGUUAUCAAGCUCCCAAACCAGACAUGAUCUCCAAGUUGGAAAAAGGAGAAGAGCCAUGGUUGGGGAAGGGCAAAACACCUAGACAAGGUGGUCCCAGUGAAAUAGCAAGACCCAAGCAAAUAGGAACCAAUGGAAAAGAAGUCCAGCAAGAUAACGACCAGCUAGUGAAUCACCAGGAAUCUCAAAACAAACUCCUUAGGGAAGUUGCAUUCAAGAAAAAAAGUCUGACUAAGAAGAAAGGCCAUGAAUGUAGCUCAUUGGGGGAAAUAAAUGUGAGUACAAAACAUGUUCCUUCAAAAAGAAAGCUUAAAUUUGAUUCACAUGGAAAGAGUUUGAAACAGAAUUUAGACUUACUUGGUCAUAUAAGAAACUAUGCAAAAAAGAAACCUAAUGUAACUAAAGAGCACAAGAAAUCUUUCAGCCAUAGCUUACCUGAUACAAAGAAAAACAAAAAUCAAACUGGAAAGAAACAGAAAUUAUCCAACCAUAGCUUAUCUAAUAAGCAUGACAAAACUCAAACUGGCAAGAAACAUGAGAAAUUAUCUCAUCAUAGCUCAUCCCAUACUAAAUGCGACAAAAUUCAAACUGGAAAGAAACAUGAGAAAUCAUCCAGCCGUAGCUCAUCUACUAAGUGUGACAAAACUCAAGCUAAAGCCAAACCCUAUGAAUGUAAUCAAUGUGGGAAGGUUCUCAGUCACAAGCAAGGACUCACUGACCAUCAGAGAAUUCAUACUGGGGAGAAACCAUAUGAAUGCGAUGAAUGUGGGAUAGCCUUUAGCCAAAAGUCACACCUCGUUGUGCAUCAGAGAACUCACACUGGAGAAAAGCCAUAUGAGUGUACUCAGUGUGGCAAAGCCCACAGUCAUAAACAUGCCCUCACUGACCAUCUGAGAGUUCAUACUGGGGAAAAGCCCUAUAAAUGUACUGAGUGUGGGAAAACCUUUAGACACAGCUCAAACCUUAUUCAACAUGUAAGAUCUCAUACAGGUGAGAAGCCCUAUGAAUGUAAGGAAUGUGGAAAAUCCUUUAGGUAUAACUCAUCUCUUACAGAACAUGUGAGGACUCAUACAGGUGAAAUACCAUAUGAAUGUCAUGAAUGUGGAAAGGCUUUUAAGUAUAGCUCGUCCCUUACUAAACAUAUGAGAAUUCAUACAGGUGAGAAGCCCUUUGAAUGUAAUGAAUGUGGGAAAGCUUUCAGCAAGAAGUCACACCUCAUUAUACAUCAAAGAACUCAUACUAAGGAGAAACCCUACAAAUGUAAUGAAUGUGGAAAAGCAUUUGGGCAUAGCUCAUCUCUUACUUACCACACGAGAACUCAUACAGGUGAAAGUCCUUUUGAAUGUAACCAAUGUGGAAAGGCCUUCAAACAAAUUGAAGGUCUUACUCAACAUCAGAGAGUUCAUACUGGGGAAAAACCCUAUGAAUGUAAUGAAUGUGGGAAAGCUUUUAGCCAAAAGUCACAUCUCAUUGUACAUCAGAGGACUCAUACUGGGGAGAAACCUUUUGAAUGUAAUGAAUGUGGAAAAGCUUUCAAUGUAAAGUCACAGCUUGUUAUACAUCAGAGAUCCCACACUGGAGAGAAACCCUAUGAAUGUAAUGAAUGUGGGAAAGCUUUCAAACAAAAUGCAUCCCUUACCAAACAUGUGAAAACUCAUUCAGAAGAAAAAUCUCAGUGAAAUUAAUGUGGGAAAACCUUUUAACUAGAGGUUUUAUUUAACCUUAGAAGAAGUCUGAAUUUUAAGGAUGUUAGAAAGCCUUUAAUAAGAAGUCACACCUCGUUACAUACGAGGGAAUUUGAAAAUGAAUCUUACAGGGAAGCAAUGGAUGGAGAGUUUAAACUUGAUACCAACCUUUUAUAGAAAAUACUGUUUUAAAAGUACUCAAUUAUUAAUUAUGUGUUCAGACCAAAAUAUAAAGCUUUUAAAAAUGUUAAUAAGCUGAAAAAUCAGAGCAGUAGAGAAGCAAAUUACAUAUGCUAAAUUCCUGAGUCGCUUGAGUUUUGUGUACUUAAGCACCGCAUAUGAGAAUUGAAUUUGCAUAUCUGUUAAUUUCCAUGUAUAAAUGUAUGUGGCCACUGGUAUGAGCCUGAUCUUUGAUAUUAUCACCUCUCUCUUUCUUAAUGUCUUUGUUAGCUUCUGCAUCAGCUGCAAACUUCCUAAAGGUUAUUUAUGUAAAAAAUAUUAACAGAAAAUUAAGAGAAAAAAUGAAAGCAGCUGAGGAUGCACAGGUGCUGGUGGGGAAUGAUGUCCAAGAUACAUCGUUAAGUGAAAAAAGCAGAUUGCUGAACUGUGUGUAUAGUAUGUUCCCACUUUUGUAGAAAAGGGUGUGCAUUUGCCUGUCUCUGUGUGUGUAUAUAUGUAUGUGUGUAUAUAUGUAUAUGUAUAUUUGUAUGUAAAUAGACUUGGUUUGAAAAAAUAUAUAAGAAACCUUAUAGUGGUUUCUAUGAGCACAGGAGUACAGGAAUGGGAGCUGGGACUGGAGGGAGACCUCCUUUUUAUUAUAUACUGUAUAUGAAUUUUUGAACAAUGUAAAUGUAUUAUUUUCACAACUAAAGUCCUUUUAAUAUGCAUACAUCAACACUGAUUAAAAUUUUCACUGAGCCCACUCCAUGGUGUUGUUUACAAAGUAAAAGUUUCUAGGAAGGGUGGUGAAUCUGAGGAUAUGGCAUUAAACUUGAUAUUGAAUUCACAAAGACUUUUCCUAUCAAACACACGUCCUUUUAUUAAAAUAAUGAAUUACAACUAUAAUUCUGUACUGUGUUUCUUCUAUAUGCUAUUUUUUAAAACAACUGAAGAUAAAUUUUGAUUUUAGGUGAAUGAAAGUGCUUUUCUGAACAGUCACUCUGUUUUGUCUCAUAUUCAGAGCACGUAUAUACAAACACCUCAAUCUGGGGUUUCAAAUGUAUUGUAACAAAUGCCACUACUUCCUGUUCUUGCCCAAUAGCAAACAUUGCUAAUGGGUCACCACACUCAUUUUGAGUGAAUCUAGACGUGGCCUCAGAAUCAUUCUUAAGCAUGUAUUCCAGGGGCACCUGGGUGGCUCAGUUGGUUAAGCGCCCAAUUUCAGCUGAGGUCAUGAUCUCACAGUUUGUGGGUUUGAGCCCCACAUCAGGCUCUGUGCUGACAGCUCAGAGCUUGGAGCCUGCUUCGGAUUCUGUGUCUCCCUCUCUCUCUGCCCCUCCUCUGCUCAUGCUGUGUCUCCCUCACUCUCAAAAAUAAGUAAACAUUAAAAAAAAAAAGCAUGCAUUCCAGAGGUUACUAUGGAUCAAUUUGAGUUUGCACAUGAGACCUAUUUUCCACUGCAUACUUAUUUAUUUUUUUAAUUAAAAAUAAUAUUUUUAAUUAAAAAUUUUUUUAACGUUUAUUCAUUUUUGAGAGACAGAGAGAGACAGAGCAUGAGCAGGGAAGGGGCAGAGAGAGGGAGACACAGAAUCUGAAACAGGCUCCAGGCUCUGAGCUGUCAGCACAGAGCCCGACACGGGGCUCAAACUCACAAACUGUGAGAUCCUGACCUGAGCUGAAGUUGGACGCUCAACCGACUGAGCCACCCAGGCGCCCCUAAAAAUAAUUUUUUAAUGUUUAUUUGAGAGAGAGAGAGAGAGAGACAGAGCGCAAGCAGGGAAGGGGCAGAGAGAGAGGGAGACACAGAAUCCAAAGCAGGCUCCAGGCUCUGAGCUAUCAGCACAGAGCCUGCUGCAGGGCUUGAACUCACGAACUGUGAGAUCCUGACCUGAGCUGAAGUUGGACACUUAACCGACUGAGCCACCCAGGUGCCCCUAUUAUUAUUAUUUUUUAUUCACGAGUCAUAGAUAAAAAACACAGCUGAAUUGUAUUAAAAUUUAAGUUGUUACACUAAAAACAGUGACUUAAGCACAAAAAUGGUUUCAUAAUAUAAGGUAAUAAUAAUAUUUGGCAUGUAUGUCACUUUUUACAUUUUUACAGCACAUUUACUACAUUACCUCAUUUGUUCUUCAUAAGAAACAUACGGGUUAAUAAGCAAGACUUUUUUAGUGGUCAGUUCUGCUCAAUAAAUACUUCAUCUGGAUACUAGGCUAGUAUAAUGAUGGCCCCUCAGCGAAUAUGUGGUUAAGUGCCAUCUUUGCAAAUAUUUCCCAUUCAAAUUCCUGCCUUCUUGAUCUCCUCACUUCAGAGAAUUAACAGAUAUAAGUAUUGAGAAUGAAAUGUGUGUGUAUAUACACGUGUGUGUUGAAAAAUUAACUCAUGAAUGUUAUACCCUCAUUUCUAAGUAACUUAUUUACUUCCAGAGAAGGAAAAUGCAAUGUGAAAGCCAUUUUCCAUCAGUAAUUUAUAACCAGGUGGAAGCCUGGCACCAAACACAGAAUGAAUCUUCACUUUCCAGAGCUGUGGAAAGUCUGCACUUUUUAGAAGGAUAAAACAGUUGCAUGUGAUGACUAGGUCAAAUUUCCCACACCUUGUGGAGAACCCAUAAUAGUACCAUACCUGGGACAGUGAGGAAUAUAGGUAUGUAUGCCUGAGCAGUGGAAAUAAGUGUUUGAAAGCCAACGUGUACGGUAAAAAAGGAAUUAAAUGUUAGCAUCAAUGACUGAAGAAAGGAUGUCUAAAAAAUUAUUGGAGAUGAAGAAUGAAAGAAAAUAGACAUACAGAGGUGAGUUUAAAUGAUAGCAUGUGUCAAAAUUGACUGGAGGGCUUGUUAAAACACAGACAGUAGAAAUGGGCCCCAUCCACAAAGUUUCUGACUCAGUAGGUCUGGGACAGUAGGGGGUGGGAGUCUGAGAAUUUGCAUUUUUAAUAACUUCCCAGGAGAUGCUGAUGGUGCUGGUCUGGGGACCACACUUUGAGAAACACUGGUAUAAAUCAUUGUUAAAAUUUAAAAGUAUUUGAAAAUGUUUCUGAGACAUUUCUUUAAUAUAAAGAUAAUGUUUAUACACACAAAUACAUAUGUUAGAAAAUGCAAAAUAUCACUAUCAUGUGGAUGGUGAUUCAAGAUUGUCAGUUUUAAAGUAAGUUUUAUGUUUUUCUAAGUAAUUUUUCUAUUUUCAUGAAUUGAUUUUAUUUUAUUGUAAUGAGUUUUCAUUACUGGUAUGGCCAAGUAGAUUCCUACUGAUCCUGACCCUCCACAGAUAAUAGUUAUAAACUCUGGAAAACCACACACACACACACACACACACACACACACACAAAACCAAUGAUCUGAAGGUACUGGAGAGUGAACAAAAGCAGAUUAUGGAAAAGAGUUGAAAUUUGGAAGAAGGGAAUGGUAGGUUAGAUCACAGCUUUUAUCCUGAGGAUAUGCUAAAGUUGGUGUGGCAGAGGUGGGUAAUUUGAUAGAAAACAUUCAGUCUUUUGGAGAUGAAAAAGUAUAGGGCUGAGUUUCAGGGAAACCAUAGCCACUGAAAAGUGAAAGGAAAAUCCCAGAAAAGAAAGACUCAAAGAAGGAGCAACCCAAAUUCUGUGAAUAAACUCGGCCCAAAUCCCUGUCUGAUCUCUGAACCAUGCAUAUUUGGCACAGACUCCUAAUGUUUCAACUAAAGACAAGAGAACUGAGCUUUUAUUUGUGCUGCUGCCCCACAGAAUUAGUUUGAAGUUUGAGUUCAGCCAUGCUAAUAACUUGCUAAAACAAAAAUGUUAACACUCUUCAGAGAAAUAUAACAGAAUCCAAACUCUCCACAACUUAUUCAUGAUAUCUAGGAUACAAGAAAAAUUUACUUGACAGUUAAACAAUUAGGAAAAUUUGACCCUAUUCAAGAAAAGAGACAACCAAUCCAAAAGUUAGGAUGAGCAUAUGAGGAUAUUAAUAUAAGUAUUAUAAUACUGCUUGUGAAAUAAAGAUAUGCUCACAGUGAAUACACA